ACUGUGCAUGGAUGUGUGUGUAAGUGUGUAAGUGUGUGUGUGUGUGUGUUUGUAGCCUGUAUGUGUGUAAGCUGCCUCCUCUCGUGUUGAUGACGACUGACUGCCACCGAGUCUGACGGUGAUCAAACAGGAUUUUUACAGCAUUAGAGACUCCACUUGUUUAAUAGUGUUUACUUUGAGAAGUGAGUGACCUCUCCUGUCCGAGCUAACACCGCCGGGUCGGUCCGACACGAUGAGCCAUCCUCGGCCGGACGAGUUCAAGCCUCCUCCGGAGUGCCCGGUCUUCGAGCCCAGCUGGGAAGAAUUCAAAGAUCCGUAUGCUUUCAUCAACAAGAUCCGACCCAUCGCAGAGAAAACAGGCAUUUGUAAAGUCCGGCCGCCCCCGGGUUGGCAGCCUCCCUUUGCUUGUGAUGUCGACAGACUUCACUUUGUUCCCCGGAUCCAGAGGCUCAAUGAGCUGGAGGCACAGACCAGAGUCAAGCUCAACUUCUUGGACCAGAUUGCCAAAUUUUGGGAUUUGCAGGGAUGUGCCCUGAAGAUUCCUCACGUGGAGAGGAAGAUUUUGGAUUUAUAUAAGCUGAAUAAGCACGUUGCAGAGGAAGGUGGAUUUGACAUUGUGUGCCGGGACAGGCGAUGGACCAAGAUUGCGCACCAAAUGGGAUUCGCUCCUGGCAAAGCUGUGGGCUCACACCUGCGAGGGCAUUAUGAGAAAAUACUCUAUCCCUACAAUCUGUUUCAGAGCGGAGCGAACCUGCUGGCACCAGAGGCAGCUUCCAAACUGAUGCGUUUGGAGGCUGAUCCUGAACUUGAAAAGUGUGUUCAGAAGCCAGUCCAGCCAGUGGAGAGCAUGGAAAGCAUGCUGGAGAGCGUGGACACCAAGGAGCCAAAGCUGCAGGAGCAGGCUCAGAAGCAGCCCGCCCAGACACCUGAACUCUGCCCCAACGCUCGCAGGGCCAAGCGCAUGAAGUGCGAGGCUACCUGUGUGAAGAUUGAACCAGGUGAGCCCGGUGACAGCAAGCCCAACCUGAGGCGGAGGAUGGGUUCUUUUGUGGCCAAGAAGGAAUCAGAAAAAGAGAUUCCCAUCCUAGUGAAAGAGGAACCAGUGGAAAGUAAGGAACCAGUAAUCGAAGUUGAGAAACCCAAGUCACGGUACAAGAAAUACGUCCCUCCUGUUCCCCCGAGUCCACAACUCGGAAAAAUGGCUCCAGUGAUUUCUCCAGAAGUAAUCCCAUACCAGGUGGAUCAGGUUGUGUGUCUGGUGUGCGGCAGCGGGGGAGAAGAAGACCGUCUGUUGCUGUGUGACGGUUGUGACGACAGCUACCACACGUUCUGCCUGAUCCCUCCUCUGCAGGACGUCCCCAAAGGAGACUGGAGAUGCCCCAAGUGUCUGGCUCAGGAAUGCAACAAACCUCACGAGGCGUUCGGCUUUGAACAGGCGUACAGAGACUAUUCCCUGCGUGCAUUUGGACAAAUGGCGGAUGCAUUUAAAUCUGAUUACUUCAACAUGCCAGUUCAUAUGGUACCAACAGAGCUGGUGGAAAAGGAGUUCUGGCGUUUGGUUGGAGCCAUUGAAGAAGACGUUACUGUAGAAUACGGAGCCGAUAUCGCCUCAAAGGAGUUUGGGAGCGGGUUCCCUAUUCCAAAUGGGAAAUUUAAGGUUUCCCCUGCGGAUGAGAAAUACCUCAAGUGUGGUUGGAACCUGAACAACCUGGCGAUGAUGAAUCCUUCGGUGUUGACUCAUGUGACAGCUGACAUCUGUGGGAUGACGCUUCCCUGGCUUUAUGUUGGCAUGUGCUUCUCCUCUUUCUGCUGGCACAUUGAGGAUCACUGGAGCUACUCCAUCAACUACCUGCAUUGGGGGGAGCCUAAAACCUGGUACGGAGCUCCUGGUUUUGCAGCAGAGCAGCUUGAGGAGGUGAUGAGGAAACUGGCCCCGGAGCUGUUUGAGUCUCAGCCUGAUCUGCUGCACCAGCUGGUCACUAUCAUGAACCCCAACACCCUGAUGGCCCAUGGAGUGCCAAUCUACAGAACCAAUCAGUGUGCUGGUGAGUUUGUCGUCACGUUCCCGAGAGCCUACCACAGCGGCUUCAAUCAGGGCUUCAACUUUGCUGAGGCCGUCAACUUCUGCACUGUUGACUGGAUGCCUUUGGGCAGGCAGUGUGUGGAUCACUACCGUAUGCUGCACCGGUACAACGUGUUCUCCCACGAUGAGAUGGUGUGCAACAUGGCCUCCAAAGCAGAAGUACUGGAUGUGGUUCUGGCGUCAUCUGUGCACAAAGACCUGGUCAGCAUGAUCCGAGAGGAGCAGACACUGAGGGAGAGAGUGAAGAAAAUGGGCGUGUCCCACAGCAAGGAGGCUAAAUAUGAUCACCUCCAGGAUGACGAGCGGCAGUGUAUCAAGUGCAGGGCCACCUGCUACCUGUCUGCCAUCACCUGUCCCUGCAGCCCAGGAGCACUGGUCUGUCUGCAUCACAUCGACGACCUCUGCUCCUGCCCCGUCAAAAACUACACACUGAAUUUCAGAUACACACUGGACGACCUGUUCCCCAUGAUGGGCGCUGUGAAGCAGCGAGCGAAGCUGUACGAUGAUUGGGCCGCCCUCGUCACAGAGACUUUAGAGGCUAAACUGGAAAAGAAAAAAGGUCUGCCAAUGUUUCGCUCCCUUCUUGCUGAAUCAGAGUCCAAUCUGUUCCCCGACAACGACCUGCUGCGUCGUCUGCGUCUGGUCACACAGGACGCGGAGAAGUGCGCCUCUGUGGCACAGCAGCUUUUAAACGGAAAGAGGCAGACCAGGUAUCGCUGUGGAAAUGGGAAAUCAUGCAGCCAGCUGACUGUUGAGGAGCUCAGGUCGUUUGUGAGGCAGCUGUACAACCUCUCCUGCAGUCUCCUUCAGGCCCCACUGCUGAAGGAACUCUUGAAUCGCAUUGAAGACUUCCAGCAGCACAGUGAGAAGGUCCUGGCAGACGAGGUACCCAGCGUGGCCGAGAUCCAGGGCCUGUUGGACAUCAGCUUUGACUUUGACGUGGGGCUCCCCGAGCUGCCCCGCCUCAGGGAGCGGCUGGAGCAGGCACGCUGGCUGGAGGGAGUGCAGCAGUCCAGCGCUCAGCCCGCCACCCUCACUCUGGAAACCAUGAGGAGGCUCAUUGACCAGGGAGUCGGCCUGGCACCGCAUCCAUCCGUUGAGAAAGCCAUGGCUCGCCUGCAGGAGCUGCUCACCGUGUCCGAGCACUGGGAGGACAAGGCGAGCAGCCUGCUGAAAGCCAGACCUCCUCACUCCAUUGAGACUCUCAGUGCUGCUGCUGAGAAAGCCUCUGGCAUCCCCGCUCACCUCCCAAACUGUCUCCUCCUGAAAGACACCAUCAGAAAAGCCCGAGAGUGGCUUCAAGAAGCUGAGGAACUCCAGGCCAGUGACGGCAUCCUGAUGAUCGACAGCCUCUCUGAUAUGGUGCUGCGAGGACAAGCCAUCCAAGUCCACCUGGAGCCUUUAGACCGGCUCGAGUCUUCAAUGGUGGAAGUGCAGGAAUGGAAGGAGUCUGCAGCUGCUACCUUCCUUCAGAAAGACUCAACCCUCACCUUGCUGGAGGUCCUGUGUCCAAGAUGUGAAGUUGGGAAUGUUGGUUCUCCAAAGAGGAAAGCCAAGAAGGGGAAGGAAUCGCCCAAAAGUAACAAGAAGAAGACGCCACGACUCAACACUCUCAGCGACGUGGAGAAAGUUCUGUCAGAGACGAAGGAUUCUACCUCUGCAAUGGCCACUCUGGAGGAGCUACGAGCGAGGGAGAUGGAAGCUUUCUCUAACCUCAGGGCAGCAAACGAGUCAAAGCUCCUUCCCACGGCGGACUGCAUGGACCUGAAGGUGUGUGUCUGUCUGAAGGCGCCCAUGGGUGCGAUGCUACAGUGCGAACUCUGCAGAGACGCCUUCCACAGCGUGUGCGUCAGAGACUCCUCAGACUCCUGCGAAACACAGCCAUGGCUCUGUCCGCAGUGCCAGCGAUCGGAAAAGCCACCCUUCAACAAAGUCCUCUCUCUGCUGGCGUCUCUGCGGCGGUUGGAGGUUCGCCUACCAGAGGGCGACGCUCUGCAUUAUCUGGUAGAGAGGACAAUUAACUGGCAGCACCAAGCACAGCAGAUCUCACAGUCAUGUAACCUCCCGGAACUGGAAGAGAGACCAGGAACUCCUCCAACCCUCACCUGCUGGGACAACAACUCUCAGGCUCCGUGUUUGACUCCGGAGUGGAAUCGGACAAGCCAUGCUCAGACCGUCUUCUACACCGAGCAGAGAUGCAUACCUCUGCAGGGUUUGAGUCAGGAUCUGGAGGAGCUGAUGGUGGACGGACUCCUGUUACAGGUGUCCCUGCCAGAGGUCCACACCCUCUACCAUAUUUUAUUGGACAGAGCCAGCAGCCAGCACACAAACAGAUGCACGUCGCCACCACAGGACGAGUCCACAGACUGUGACCAACACGUGCAGUUCAACUCUCAGGGAAAAAAUACGCCACUCGACCAGGAUGGCAUCAGCAGUGUGACUGGCUCAGAAAAGAAAGCAAAGCGGCAGCUGGAGAGGGAGGGAGGUUUGGAUCCAGAGCACAGGGAGAAGGUCAAAAAGCACUCUCACAAAAGACAGAAGAUGAAUAAGAAGAACCUGCAGCGCAGGCAGACCUCCACCUCAUCCUCUCCACGCUCUGACUUCUCCCAGUCUGAUGACUCUGAUGAGGAGAUGGCCGUGUGUCCGGCAGAGAGAUGCCAACUACCAGAGGGAGAUGAGGUGGAUUGGGUCCAGUGUGACGGCAGCUGUAACCAGUGGUUCCACCAGGUCUGUGUCGGCGUUACAGCCGAGAUGGCGGAGAAGGAGGACUACAUUUGUGUCAGUUGUACAAUGAACGAUGGACCCAUGAGUAAAUGAAGAGAAAGUUUGUGUUUUCCUGAAGGACGGCUGGAGAUUUCUGCCCCGUCAUCAGUCCGUAUAUCAAGCCACCAGUCUGGAUGUGUCACUGAUCCUGUACUCCCCCCUCCCCUCCUCCUCACCCCCAGUCCCGUCCUGUCUGUCCGACCCUUUUGUAACAACGGUGCUAUCUCCUCUUUGACUUGUUGUCGAGAACUAUAAUGUUUAGUUAUUUUUUUGUAUUUUUACAUAUAUAUAUAUUAUAUAUAUUUCCUUCUUCUUAUGAAA